CCCCCGGACCCCCGGACCCCCGGCCGGGAUGGAACGCGCCCAAGUGGACGGGAGCGCGGCCGGCGCCGGCGGCUCGGUGCAGUUCGCUGGAAGUUUGUGAGUGGGACCGCCGUUUGCAAAUCCCUCCGAGGGCAGGAGUUUGUGUCUCCGGAGAGCCAGCCGGGGUGAGGAGCGGAAGCCUAAAGCGGGGACAGGGCGGGCAUGCACAAGGGGGUCUUGGGGGCCAGCGACUCCGGGCUGCUUUCCCGGGAGGCGAGCGACGCUUAGAGGCAUGAGGACUGCGCCGGGGGCUGGAUCCGCCGAGGAGAGGGGGCAGCGUGGUCCCACAGCCCAGCCACUGGCCCCGUGAGCCCGUGGGGAGAAGACACCCCACUGCCCCCCCAAAGAGGAGGACACCCCGGAGCCAGGGGAAGGGAGGCAGGAGGAAUGAAGAGCCGACAAGACAGCCUCUCCUGAUUGCUGUACUGUGGGAACAGUGACUUCGGAAACCUCCUGAAACGGCAUUUUUUUUUUUUUUUAACCCAAGGAAAAGUGAAGGCUGCUGCGGGUCCCCCAGACGCUGGUGGGAACGCGUGUCUCUGCAGGAGCAUCCCCACCAGGAAUGUGGGGAAACUACUAGGUGAGGGGGGGCCGGUUCCCUGAUCAUCCCUCUCUCAGCCCCCUUCGCUGCCUCUGGCUGCCCCGGCACCCCCCCUGGGUCCUCUUGCUCGAACCCCAGGCUGUGGGGUGGCCAGGUACUGAGUGGCUCUUGGGGCCGGGGAACCCCACUGAAGCUCUCCAACUUGUGCAUUGCUGUCAAAGGCCCCGUUAGAGCGAGCCGAUCAGGGUUCCUCUCCGGCUCCUCCUCCUCUGCCUCCCGCUUCUCUUCUUGCUCCUCAUCCUAUUUUUUUUUUAACCAACGCCCCUCCCUCCUCAAACCUUGGAAGGCCUCUCUUCAUGUGGCCCUGAGCGCUGAGCCCGCAUUGUCAAGCACAGACUUGCCCGGAGGAAUAGCCAGCUCCUGCCGCCUCCUGCCGCCCCACCAUACCGGAGGAGGCAGCCGUCCUUGCAUCCACGAAGAUGGGGGACACAGCGCCCCCGCAAGCCCCCUCGGGAGGGCUGGGGGCGGCCCCCGGGGCGGGCCUCCUGGGAGGGGGCUCCGUGGCCCCGAGGGUGCACAGCGCCAUCGUGGAGCGCCUGCGGGCGCGCAUUGCUGUGUGCCGCCAGCACCACCUGAGCUGCGAGGGCCGCUACGAGCGAGGCCGGGCCGAGAGCUCGGACCGCGAGCGAGAGAGCACCCUGCAGCUCCUGAGCCUCGUGCAGCACGGCCAGGGCGCCAGGAAGACCGGCAAGCACGCCAAGGCCACGGCCGCCGCCGCCGCUGCUGCUGCCGCUGCAGCCUCUGCUGCCACCGCGGCCUCUGCGCCCUCCGCAGCCCCUCCUGCGACCCCCCAAGCCUCAGGGGCCCCGCCGCCCCCGCCGGACUAUCACCACCACCACCAGCAGCACCUGCUCAGCGGCAGCGGCAAUAACGGGAGCGGUGGUGGUCUCGAGGGCGAGCAGCAAGCGCCAGCAUCCACCCCCGGGGACCAGCGGAACUCGGCCCUGAUUGCGCUCCAGGGUUCCUUGAAAAGAAAACAGAUAGUCAAUCUGUCUCCUGCCAACAGCAAGAGGCCCAACGGCUUUGUGGACAACUCCUUCCUUGAUAUCAAAAGAAUCCGCGUCGGGGAGAACCUCUCUGCAGGACAAGGAGGUCUCCAAGUAAACAAUGGACAAAGUCAGAUUAUGUCAGGGACCUUGCCCAUGAGCCAAGCACCCCUGAGAAAGACUAACAAUCUGCCUCCCCACACACAUUCUCCUGGCAAUGGCAUGUUUAACAUGGGCUUGAAAGAAGUAAAGAAGGAGCCAGGGGAGACUCUGUCUUGCAGUAAGCACAUGGAUGGCCAGAUGACCCAGGAGAAUAUUUUUUCUAAUAGGUACGGAGAUGACUCCGGAGAGCAAAUGAUGGAUCCUGAACUGCAGGAACUGUUCAAUGAACUGACCAACAUAUCUGUUCCUCCAAUGAGUGACCUUGAGCUGGAGAACAUGAUCAAUGCCACCAUAAAGCAGGACGAUCCAUUUAACAUUGACUUGGGUCAGCAAAGCCAGAGAAGCACUCCCAGGCCCUCCAUUUCUAUGGAGAAGACAGUGAUCAAAAGUGAAUACUCACCUGGUCUGACCCAGGGGCCAUCGGGCUCUCCUCAGUUGAGGCCCCCAUCAGCCGGCCCAGCAUUCUCCAUGGCCAACACUGCCCUGUCCACUUCCUCCCCAAUUCCUUCGGUCCCUCAGAGCCAGGCUCAGCCUCAGACAGCCUCAGGAGCAAGCCGGGCCUUGCCAAACUGGCAGGAAGUGUCCCAUGCCCAACAGCUCAAACAGAUAGCAGCCAACCGUCAACAGCAUGCCCGGAUGCAGCAGCACCAGCAGCAGCAGCACCAGCCCACCAACUGGUCAGCCUUGCCCUCUCCCGCUGGGCCAUCUCCAGGUCCAUUCGGGCAGGAGAAAAUCCCUAGCCCUUCUUUCAGUCAGCAGCCAUUCAGCCCACAGGGCUCCCCCAUGCCUGGGGUAGCCAGCAGCAGCAGCCAGUCAAAAGUCAUGGCUAACUACAUGUACAAGGCCAGCCCCUCAGCCCAGGGUGGGCACCUGGAUGUGCUUAUGCAGCCAAAGCCUCAGGAUCUCAGUCGAAGCUUUAUGAACAGCUCGCACACGGCCAUGGAGCCCCGUCUUGGCAAUACCAAGCCUUUGUUCCAUUUUAACUCAGAUCAAGCAAACCAACAGAUGCCUUCUGUUUUGCCUUCUCAGAACAAGCCUUCUCUCCUACACUACACCCAACAGCAGCAGCAGCAGCAGCAGCAGCAGCAACAGAGCUCAAUGUCAGCUCAGCAGCAGCAGCAGCAGCAGCGACAACAGCAACAGCAGCAGCAGCAGCAGCAGCAGCAGCAGCAGCAGGCACAGCAGCCACCCUCUCAGCCCACCCAACCUCUGUCAAACCAGCCUUUGCUAAGGUCAUCUUUGCCACUUCAGCAAAAGAUCCUGCUCCAGAAAAUGCAGAAUCCACCCGUCACAGGACUGGGAUACCAAGUCUCCCAACAACACAGACAGGAUCAACACACUGUGGUAGGCCAGAGCACAGGCCCCAGUCCAAGUCCCAACCCCUGCUCAAAUCCAAACACUGGAAGUGGUUACAUGAACUCCCAGCAAUCACUGUUGAAUCAGCAAUUGAUGGGAAAGAAACAGACUCUACAGAGGCAGAUCCUGGAGCAGAAACAGCAGCUUCUCCUGCAGCAGCAGAUGCUGGUGGAUGCGGAGAAAAUUAAUUCACAAGAUCAGAUAAACAGACAUUUGACAAGGCCACCCCCAGAUUACAAAGACCAAAGAAGAAAUAUGGGAAACAUGCAACCAACUGCUCAGUAUUCUGGUGGCUCAUCAACAGUGAGUUUAAACUCUAACCAGACUUUGGCAAACCCAGUUUCAACACACACUAUUUUAACUCCAAAUUCCAGCCUCAUGUCUACUUCCCAUGGAACAAGAAUGCCGUCAUUAUCCACAACAGUUCAGAGCAUGGGGAUGUAUGGGAAUCUGCCUUGCAAUCAACCUGGCACAUACAGUGUCACAUCAGGAUUGAAUCAAUUGACCCAACAGAGAAACCCAAACCAAUUGAUAGCAAAUCAAAACAACCCUCUCAUGCCACGGCCACCUGCCUUAGGGCCAACUAGCAAUAAUAAUAUGGCCACUUUUGCAGCAGGACCUGUUGGCAAUUCACAACAACUGAGACCAAACUUAACCCACUCUAUGGCAAGCAUGCCAGCACAGAGAACAUCGAACGUAAUGAUCACAUCCAGCACCACAGCACCCAACUGGGCCUCCCAAGAAGCGACAGCCAAACAGCAGGAAGCCCUGAAGUCCGCAGGAGUCCGCUUCCCCACUGGUACCCCUGCAGCCUAUCCUCCAAACCAGCCACUGCAACAGGCGGUAGGGAGCCAACAAUUUUCCCAGAGGGCAGUGGCUCCUCCUAACCAGAUAACACCAGCGGUGCAGAUGAGGCCUAUGAACCAAAUGGGCCAGGCAUUGAAUGGACAAGCCAUGGGUCCGCUCAGAAGUCUGAAUCUCAGACCCAAUCAGCUGAGCACACAGGUUUUGCCUAAUUUGAAUCAGCCAGGAACAGGGUUGAGUCAGCCAAGGACAGGCAUAAGCCAGCCACCAUCUCUGACAUCUGGCAACUUUCCCUCACCCAACCAGAGUUCCAGGGCUUUUCAAGGAACUGACCAUGGCAGUGACUUAGCUUUUGACUUUCUCAACCAACAGACUGAUAACAUGGGCCCUGCCCUAAACAGCGAUGCUGAUUUCAUUGAGUCUUUACUGAAGACAGAGCCUGGUAAUGAUGACUGGAUGAAAGACAUAAAUCUUGAUGAAAUUUUGGGGAACAACUCCUAAAGGAUAAAAGGGAGACAAUUCACCAAGUCCAAGCACUAAAAGGCAGUAUUUUACAAGGACCCUGGAAAGGCCAACUGGUGACUCCUAGUUGGGCUACAUAAAAAUACCGCAGCUUAGAAAUGGAAAGCAAGAAGUAGUGAACAUUUUGGUCCAAAUGCUUGUUUUAAAUCUCAAACCUGAAAGUAAAACAUCGGGAUCACUUUUUCCUGUCUGAACUCCAGGACAUAGUAUCCAGUUUAUCCCAACAGAACUGUGAUGUUGAUGUGUAAUUCGCGGUGUAACAUAGGUCUCCCAAACUCCUUUUCUCCCUGAAAGAGAAGUAAUACAACUUUCAGCUUGUUUAAACCCCAUGUCAUGUGGGGGUAUUAAUUCCAAGCAACAAACAUCAAAUUCCUUAAUUUGCUCUAAUGGAAACAUGUGUGGUUUGAUCUUUCCAUUUUAUCUUUUCAUUCGGUUUUUCUAAAAUUUCCUAGAUUGAAACGUUAUAGGUUUCUUUACAGUAACCAAACACUGUCCUCAGUAAAGGAAAGCUGGAGAACCUAUAGGAACAUUCAGGGAAUUGUGAAAUAUCUUCCCCACGGAUCCUGUACUUCAGUGAGAUGCUGUGUCUAGUGAAGAAACAUUGAAGCCUGAAUGCAGAGCUGCCCAACUCUAUUUGGGCUUCCACAACCAAUUUCUGAAUCCAGGUCCAAGUCUUAGAUACAAUCACCUGUCCGGAUCAUACUGAAAUAUUAGUGCACAUGUCUACAUCAGUUUUCACUAUUUUAAAAAGAAAGCACCCAUUGGGCAUUGCUGUAAAGGAGAUUUAUCCGGCCCCAGAUAACGUGGGGCGUUACUUAUUAUAAUAAUGGUCCCUGCUGGUUCAUUCCUAAGCUGAGUGAAGUUGAGUCUGAUCCUCCCUGAUUACUUUGAUGACCAGAGACUGGUUUGUAAGGAAAGGAAGUUUUGGGGUCAAAACUGAGAUUACUAGGUAAUCAUGUUUUGGUUGAAGAUAAGAAGCAAAAGAUCAGACCAGGGAUGGUGAGUAUGGGUUGGUACAAAUCUAUUUCAGAAGGUUUGAAGGGAAGCAUAAUUGAGAGAGAAAACAAGCUGACCUAAUUUGGACAUAUUUUUGUGGGUAAACAGCUAAAUGGAGUGUGAUCUCCUAGUAGCAGUCUACUCAUUCUUUUGUCCCUGAAGGGAAGAAUCAUUGCCACCGGCUAGAUGGACCCCUCAUAUCCCGGUUUUCUCCCUUAGGGCUCAGCGCUGUCUCAAAGAAAGAGUUUCUGUUGAGUCACAUAACCUCAGUGCCCACGUACAGAUCAGCUGUAAAAUGGGGAAGAUGUGUGCUGAUUUGAGAGGGCUGCAAAAUAUCUCUAUCAUUUUCCUCAUUACAGAGGAACACAGGUUAGCUUCCGCUUUUUUAGUUAUAUACUCACAUAUUCAAUUACCAAAUGUAAUUUAACAGAAGUCAUUUAGCAACUAAGUCUUUAAAUAUCUGUUCUUAAAAAGAAUACAUUUUGAAAGUUCUCCCAUUCUUUCAAGUGUCUAGCAGCUCCCUCUUUUACACACACACCAACAUCACUGGCCCAGAGUCUUUUCUGUGCUAGGCUGUAAAUAUAAAUGAAUUACUUGUUUUGUAAACUUUUGUAAAGAAUAUUUUGGUAGAAAUACUUAAAACAUAUUCUUUGGGUUAUAUUUAUACGUAUGUGAAAUAAAUAUACUAUCAAAAGGUUAUAUUUUAUACAAAAAGUAAAUUGUUACCUUUUGUAUGCUAAUAUACAAAGUUUUGUAUAAUAUGAUGGUUUAUUUUUAGCUCCACACUUAAUCCAUAGGUGGUCAAGUGGGAACUUUUAAAAACUAUCAGGAGGCUUAUUAGACAAAGUUAUAUUCUGAAACCUCAAUAAGAAAAAAGCAUUCCAGGUUUCAAUCCUUUCCUUUUUUUUUUCCCCCUUUUCUUUUUUUGCUCCAAAAUUCCCAUAGUUCUUGUGUCUUGUUUGAUUAUUCUGCUGUGCACAUUGUAUUAGUCCUUGUUGCAUGUGGUCUACUGUGUGUCUUCCCAUUUUAUAGAACAGAGUUUCUCCAUGCAAAAAAAAAAAAUGUAAGGAAAAGUUAUGUACAUACAAACACUUUUAUUUUAUGGCUCCUCCAUGUUAGUGUAUAUAUCUGCCAGCACUUCCCCAUCUCACUCCCGUGAUUCAGCUUAUUUUUACCCUAACAUAAAUAGUAUGUUUUGUAGUAGCUAUCAAAUUUAAGAGAUAAAGCAAUCAGAAUGUUUGGAUUUUCUUCUAUCGUAAUGUGAAUUUUAUAAUUAAUGUCUAUUUAUUCAGCUAUUCAUUAAAAUACAGGAUUCUUUGGAAAAAAAAUGGUGUAGUCUACAGUUUCUGUUUGUUGGCAGCCUAUUACCAAAGAUGACGUAAUUUUUCCUGAAAGCUGAGAUAAUGACACUUUGAUAGACAUAUGUAGCCAAAACUUGAUGACUUACAACUUAAAAGCUAUUGGAAUAUGAUCUCUCAUUUAUAGAAAUACCAGACUACGGAAUUGUUGGCAAUGUUUCUCAUUCUGAUAAUAUUAUAAAGGAGGUAGAAGUAAUUUUUCUUUUUUAAUUCAAAGACUAGGAAGCAAUUUAAGCAAAUAAUUCAUUCUCAGCUUUGUGGUAAGCCCAAUAAAGAUAAAUAACUCUGCUCUACAUGAAUGCACUAAUAUUACUUGCAUUACUGUAACUGUACCCAUAACUGUAAAGAUUUCAACUUGUAAAACAAGUAUUUUGUAUUGUGUGUAAUCUUAUGUGUUAAAAAAAAUAGUUUUUAAAAAUUCA